GAUGACGUCUUCGGAAAACGAGGACGAACGCAAGAUCUCUUGUGACGAUGAUGAGAACCUUGGCCAAGGAAAAGACGAUGAAAAAGCUACCACACCACAACAAUUCGGCUUUACAACUCGCCAUAGCAACUAUAAUAGCUAGCUAGCAAGAGAGAAUAUCUAUUGAGUAUUAGCGGUUGCACGAUGAAGAUCCUUUCGACGGUUGUACCAUGCAUGAUGAUGGCCUUGUCAUCCGAUGCCUUUGUCAGCACUCCUAAAUCCCAUCGGAGUGCUGCCUCGGCUAUUACCAUCCUGCAAGAAAGCAAGAGUCCUCUGGACAUGUUUGGUGGAAUUGGUGAAACUCUCUCGAAGGAAAUUGGUUCUCUGUUGAAAUCCAAGGAAGACACGGCGGUCAAAGCAGUGGAAGAAAAAGAAGCCAAGCCAACAAUUCCAGAUGUCGUGAUAGACUCUGACUACAAACUGGGCGCCAUUUUCUUGGCGGGUGGCAUUUUGCUGGAUUUGAUCCCCUAUAUUCAAUUAACCCUGGGUCCGUUUGUGACACUCUUGGGAAUCCUAUUUGUGGUACAAACAGCCCGUCUUCGAUUUUGCUUUGAUGAUACGUCUUUUGAACUCCGAACCACCGGUGGCGACGAGAACGAAGGAAAUUUGGGACAAACCGGAGAGAACAUUGUCGUGGGAGGCGAAAAUCGUUGGACGUACGAUUCCUUUGUCAAUUACGACUUCUUCCCAGAAGGAUGGAUUGAUCAGCCACAGGGACCCAUUUUGGUGUACUUUAAGGAAACUCAGACUCCCUCCGAAAACUGGAAUGAUGGACCCGGACAAAGUGCCAAUUCACCGGAAGCUCUAGCCAACGGAGCCAAACCUGGACAGGUACAUUUCUUCCCUGCUAUUUGCAAUUCAAAACAGCUCCGAGACGAAUUUGCACGACGGGGCUGUGCCAAGCUUUAAAACGGAUGGAAGACGCAACAGUUGAAGUCCAACUGGCCUGGUUUGGAUUUACUGUACCUUCACCAAAUUCAACCCCAUUUAUUUUUUAGUGGGCUCUGUGUUCUUCUGCAAUAUCACUUACUGUACUUAGCUAAAGAUACGGUAUCUCUUGCAAGCCAUUUGGAUCCUCUUUUCUUUCUCCAAGUCAAGUUGUCAACCGAUGCAUCGAUCUACCGUACUGGUAAAAUCCUAACCCAGCUUCUUUAAUGAAGCUCUCUAGCUAGUACCGGUAGGUGGCUCGUGGCGGGGAUAGCUCUCGGGGAUCUCCGGAAACAACCUGGAGGUGCUUCCUUGCGAACCGCAUCAACGGCCGUCUACAUCAACAUGUAGCUACUCGCUAGUACGCCUUUUCAACCUUGU